AUGACGUUUCCGGUGGUAUACGGCGCUGGAACGCUCUGGAUGAGAGGUCCAGAUGGCGCACUCAAUGCCGAGACUGUGAAGGCUUUUCGAACAGCAAUCGAUCUUGGGUACCGUCAGAUUGAUGGAGCCCAGACAGUGUACAACACGGAGCCAGAGCUGGGGGCUGCCAUCAAGGAGUCCGGAGUGCCAAGGUCCGAAUUUGCCGUAACCACCAAGACCGUGGAUAUCGACCACGUCGAACAGACCCUGAAAACGAGUCUGUCCAAACUGCAGAUGGCCUACGUUGAUCUAUAUCUCAUACACACGCCCUUCGUCGCCAAGUCCAAAGAACACCUGCAAUCGGCAUGGCGCGAUAUGGAGCGCUGCGUGCAGCGAGGACUGGCAAAGAAGAUCGGUGUGUCUAGCUUCACCAUCGAGCAUGUCGAAUGGAUCCUCGAGGUCGCUACCAUCAAGCCAGCCCUGAAUCAGAUAGAGAUGCACCCCUAUGUCCAGCAGCCAGAGCUGAUGGCCUACCUGAAACAGCACGGCAUUCCCAUCCAAGGCUUUGCCGCGCUGACGCCGCUAACCAAGGUCAAGGACGGCCCAGCUGUCAAGCCUUGCAAGGAGCUCGCAGAGAAGUAUGGAGUAAGCGAGGCCGCGGUCCUGCUCCGCUGGGUCAUUGACCAGGGAGCCUCGGUUGUCACCACCAGUGCGCAAUCCGAGAGACUGGCGGGGUAUCUAGAGCAAGUUGGCAAAUUUCAAUUAACGUCUGAAGAUGUGCAGAGCAUCAGCGAGCCGUCAAAGGGUGAAUACUUUAGGGGCUUCUUUGCAGAGGAUUUCGAGACUUGGGGCAAGAGAACGAAAGACUAG